GCAUUUCGAUAUCUGAUCACGUCUAUCAUUAUCAUCCUUGUAUCCCAGCUGUUUAUCAUUAGAGCUCUUGGAUCACUUCAAACGUACUACAAGACUCCUCCGUGACAGGCAUAUUCACCGCAUCUGAACUACGGAUAAGCUCCAUCCGAUAAAUUUCAAGGGUAGUGGAUACUUGUACCUUUGCGAUCUAUACGAGAAGUCUUGUUCGCCAUAUAAGUAGCAGGCUCCGUGCUUUAGCAUUAUGCCUUCGCUGGAAAUCGUACCAGAAUUUCCGCCUAGUGGAGGAUUUACUUCAGCGGUCAAAUCUUCCUGCUCACUGCUGCGCCAGAGGGCAAAUAUAUCCAUCGAACCUGAAUCCAUCAGGCGCCUUUUGUUUUCCCCCGCUUUUCUAACUUCCUUCCGGCGUGUAUCAAAAUCUCAUGGCCUCGUGUUCCCCCUCAAUUUUCCCUCUAUACUAUCCGAACUAAACUUCCUUUCAAUUGUAUGUCUCCUCAACUUUGCUUCUGGCUAUCGCGUACCUCUGCAUUUACAAACGGGGCGGGGAGCAUGGGAUAACAUUCGUGCAUUUUCAUUUUCUUUGUAUCUCACUUCGUCCACGGGAGAAGGCGACCUGCUAUCCGCCCGAGGAAUGCAGAAUAUCGGUGAACAAAAAGUUGCAGAAUUAAUGGGUGUCAAUGUUCAUGUAGAACGACCUCACGAUGAAAUCCCCGGUGUCACAGUCGGGGAACUUCGUGGCCCCAUCUAUGACUUAGUCAAACUUGUCAGUGCGACAUUAACGGAGACCGGACAAGUACUUCAGGAAAAUGGUUACACAGACUUGGGCAGUUUCGUACUUGAAGCCCUGAAAGACGGCGAAGUUUCUCAGCGUGUCAACGGGACAGGUGCGGGUCUCAAUACCACCCUCGAGAAGCUCGUUCGUGCUAUCCCAGCCUUUCGAGAUAUGGCUGUUGUCGAUGGACAACCUGUGUAUUGCUUUAAGAAGGCUCUAUUAUUGAUUUACGCUGUGACGAUUCGAUUCGGUGCCGGCCGCUCCCCGACGUUACCUAUUCCGGAUAUAUCGCAAACACCCAUCUUCACCGAUAAUGUCAUUCCAUCUAUGCUAGUGCACCUUGGCGUAGUCGAUCUGUCAAAUGCUUCGCAUGCAUUGUCUUCAAUCUUCCCUGAGGCCAAUUCUGCUGAGAAGCUGAACGCGUUACUUGGAGAGGCACCAACAAAAGAUGCUUCCGAGGUCAAGUUACCUCCCAUCGAAGGUCCGAUCUUGAUACCUGAUCAGGCCUACAUCUUACGAGCGGCUGCUGUGGACGCUUGCGAGCUUAUUGUGCAAUAUGCUCGAUCGUUGGACCCAACCUUUUUGACAAGCUAUCAGGGGAAGGAUCUGAGUUGGAUCAAAGACAUCAAGGUGCCAGAUUUGAACACGUGGUUGUGGGCUGGUGCCAAAGACAGGACUGAUUAUCGCGAACUGGAAAGAUUUGUUUUACGGGAUACAGCUUUCUUUUGAUGGCAACCCCGGUAAUUCACGAGUUUCGUAUCCGUGUAGUCCUAUAGAGGCCCAAUGGAUGUCGAUAAUUGGAUUAAGAUUUCUUCUCUGAUAAGAUACAUAAGUUACGGUGCCUCGGACUUCUGUGGUGGCAAGCAACCACGACUUUUUCCAACUUCAUGGACCUUGUGACUUUUAUCGAUUAGGCUAAAAUAUCCCGGAUGCCCAUUGGUCCGAGUCACUUGACCAUGGAAUCGAGCGGAAUGUUCUCACUGACUGGUCUUGAGAUUUUCAGUCCCUGCAACUGUUCGUCUUCAGCAAGAAAUCAAUCGCACUCAGAGAUUGAAGAUGGCCCAUCAAGAUUUAGGAGUAUGAAGUGUCAGUUCAGGCUGUUAUCAGAUAGAUGUGACCUGUCGGUGUAACCGUUGCGUGAGGAACCAUCUUUGUUGACUUUUUCCGGAUAGUUGCUUGUGAAAACUGUGCCGUGGAGGCAACGUACUAGGGCACGAACCACGUUUGUCGUGAUAAUGAUGAGUCGUGACCAAUCAAA